CAUUGUUUCAAAUACCUAGUUGCAUGCUGGCUUAACCUGUUCAACAACCCAAAGCAAUGCUGUGGAUUACUAUGCCAGAAUAGCUCAAAAAAAUGAGCGUGUUAAAGAGAUCGCAAGUGGGAUAUAAGCGGUGGAAAGACACAGAUAUCAGUUUUGUGACAUUUCAGACAGAUGAUGAAAGCAUCCUUACUGUAAAUGAGGAGCAGUCUAGGGAUAAUGAACCCAAUAAUCAAGGAGUCUGCAAUAUCUUGGAGCAAGUUGAUUUGGGGGACAGAAACAUCAGAAGCUCCGAACUUUCAGAAACCUUCAGUGUUGAAGAUGCAGUUGAGGCGAUCGGUUUUGGGAAAUUCCAAUGCAAGCUGUCCCUGAUUACUGGAAUUGCAUGGAUGGCUGAUGCCAUGGAAAUGAUGCUUCUAAGUAUUGUUGCUCCUCAAUUGCGCUGCGACUGGAGGCUUUCUAGCUGGAAAGUGGCAUUUUUAACAGCGGUAGUGUUCAUUGGAAUGAUGGUCAGCUCCUCCCUUUGGGGUAACAUUUCAGACAAAUAUGGCAGAAAAGUGUGUUUAGUACUGUGCAUGCUAUGGACACUGUACUUUGGGGUGCUCAGUGCGUUUGCACCUGUUUAUGGCUGGAUCUUAUUCUUGCGGGGCCUUGUGGGAUUUGGCCUGGGAGGAGCCCCUCAGUCAGUAACAUUAUAUACAGAAUUCCUCCCAGUGAAAUACAGAGGGACUUCUAUAAUCCUUUUGGGGUCGUUCUGGGCCAUGGGUGCUGUGUUUGAAGUGCUACUGGCUAUGCUUGUCAUGCCUACAAUCGGCUGGAAAUGGCUGUUGGCUUUCUCCUCCAUACCUCUCCUUGUCUUUGCUGCCGCCUGCUGUUGGUUACCAGAGAGUGCUAGAUUUGAUGUGCUGAGAGGCAGAGAGGAUAAGGCCCUAAAUACUCUGAAACGCAUUGCUGCAGCCAAUGGCACGUGUAUGCCUAAAGGAAGACUUGUAGCCAACAGACAGGGUAAUCGUGGUAGAAUAAGAGAUCUCUUUAUUCCAGAAUACCGUAAGACAACACUUCUGAUCUGGUUUAUCUGGUUCUGCAAUGCGUUUUCAUACUAUGGUCUUGUGCUGCUGACCACCGAGUUAUUUCAAUCGGAAUCUGUGUGUAGUGUCGCUGAAAACUCUAUGGAGCCUCGAUGUAGUUUAGGAUGCAAAUACUUAACUAUUCAUGAUUACAAGGACCUUCUGUGGACCACCAUUGCAGAAUUCCCAGGUCUUCUGGUGUCCCUUUGGAUGAUUGAUCGGAUUGGCCGGAAAAAGACUAUGGCACUUUCUUUUUUAAUAUUCUCUGUUUGUAUUUUGCCCCUGUACGCCUGUACACAAAGGACUCUUCUCACAAUCUUUAUUUUCAUUGCACGAGCCUGUAUUUCAGCGGGGUGGCAGGUUGCAUAUCUUUAUACACCUGAGGUUUUCCCCACAGCAACUAGGUCUAUCGCUAUUGGUACAAGCAGCGGUUUGGCUCGUGUAGGAGCUCUCACGACACCAUUUGUUGCUCAGGUGCUUCUGAAAUCAUCGGUUUCUCUGACUCUGUCUAUGUAUUUAAUAUGUUGCUUGCUGGGCACAGCAGCAUGCUUGGUUUUGCCCAUGGAAACCACAGGACAAAGCCUUCAGGAAUCAACUCAAGCCACGAUGGGACAAGAGAAAACAGAGCGACCGCAAGACUCACAGGCAGCUGAGUCUCCAGCAACAUGUGUUAUCAACAACACACAGUGAGGUUGUGCAAUGUCAUGUUGAAUGACAGUGUAAUGCAAACUACUGUAUUUGGAGAGCCAACAUUCUGGAUAAUGUUAUAUGUACUGUAUAAUGAUCAAUAAUGUUGUACUGUUAUGUGUUAAAUGUCGUAUAUGCAAAUUAAUUUAUAUAUGUUAUGUUAUUAAACUGAUAUUUGUGAUU